AUGGAUGUCGCUGCCGCUCUCCAGCACUAUGUCUCCAAGAUCGCUGGUACGGGCGAGGGCGCUGCGGCCUCUCAGUCCUCCAAGAUGAAAAUCCUCCUCCUUGAUAGCGACACCGUUUCAAUAGUGUCGACCGCCAUCACCCAAUCAGCCCUGCUCAAACACGAAGUCUUCCUUAUCGAUCGUCUUGACAAUGCCGCGAGAGAACGGAUGCGGCACCUGCGAUGCUUGUGCUUCGUCCGACCAUCACCUGAUUCGGUACAGUUCCUGAUUGACGAAUUGCGAGAGCCCAAGUACGGAGAGUACAAUAUAUACUUCAGCAAUAUCAUACGGAAGUCGAGUCUCGAGAGAUUGGCAGAAGCGGAUGACCAUGAGGUCGUCAAGGCGGUGCAGGAGUAUUUUGCGGACUACAUUGUGAUCAACCCAGAUCUCAUGUCGUUGAAUCUGGGCUUUCCUAAACAUCGGUUAUGGAGCCAUAGCCCAGAUUUGUGGAAUACAGACGCAUUGCAGCGGACAACAGAGGGUGUGAUAGCACUAUUGCUAUCGCUGAAGAAGAACCCGCUUAUCCGCUACGAGAAGAAUAGUCGCAUGGCUCACAAGCUGGCCACCGAGGUGCGGUAUCAGAUUACACAGGAGGAACAGCUGUUCGACUUUCGCAAGACAGACACCCCAGCCAUUCUCCUCAUUAUGGACCGAAGAGACGAUCCGAUCACUCCGCUACUGUCGCAGUGGACGUACCAAGCACAAGUGCAUGAGCUGCUCGGCAUUCACAACGGCCGAGUUGACCUCAGUGCCGUGCCAGACAUUAGGCCUGAACUCAAGGAGAUCGUCCUCUCCCAAGAUCAGGACCCCUUCUUCAAAAAGAACAUGUACCAAAAUUUCGGCGAUCUGGGCGGCAAUAUCAAAGAAUAUGUCGAACAAUACCAGUCCCGCACCAAGUCCAACGCCCAGAUCGAAUCCAUAGCCGACAUGAAACGCUUCGUCGAGGAUUAUCCGGAGUUCCGCAAACUGUCUGGUAAUGUCUCUAAGCACGUUGCGUUGGUGUCAGAGCUCUCCCGCCGAGUUGCGGCUGACCAUCUACUCGAUGUUUCGGAACUCGAGCAGUCACUCGUCUGCAACGACAACCAUUCGGCCGACCUACGUACGCUCCAGAGCCACAUCCAAAAUCCUGCGGUGCCUGCCGACAACAAGAUCCGCCUCGUGGCCCUGUACGCGAUUCGUCACGAGCGCAACCCCAAUAAUGCGCUCCCCGUGCUCCUCGACCUGCUCACCACCGUUGCCGGUAUAUCCUCCCACAAACUGGCCAUCAUCCCGCAGGUCCUCGCAUAUCACCACUCGCUGCAGCCCGCUCCGGUAGCGGGCGGCUUCACCGACCUCUUCGACUCGGCCGCCUCACCAUUCAGUCAGUUCCGGCGCAACCUAAAUCUCAAGGGUGUGGAGAACGUGUACACGCAGCACUCGCCACGUCUCGAGACCACACUGCAGAACCUCAUCAAGGGCCGGCUGAAAGAAAUCCAGUACCCUUUCCUCGAGGGCCACACACGAGACAAGCCGCAAGAUAUCGUGGUAUUCAUGGUUGGAGGCGUGACGUACGAAGAAGCCAAGAUGGUGGCACAGGUCAACGCAAGCGUACCGGGCGUCCGCGUCGUGCUUGGCGGGACGGGCGUGCACAACAGUGAGACCUUUUUGGCUGAAGUGGGUGACGCAGUGGGUAGCUGGCCGGAUACAGCGCCGACGACCGCAGGCCAGCGCUUGGGUAGGGCCGUGGGUAGGUAA